GUGCGUUCAGCGCGCCCCAGGGCCCCCCGCUAAAGAAGCCCAUGAUAUUGGCAACAUAUUGAAAUCAUGCCCACCCGCUCGACCUCCUUGCUCAGCGCUAGCAGCGGCGCCGCUCCGGCUGACGAGGCGACACGGAUUCGGCUCGCGUGCGCUUACAUCGCGGAUGCUUCACACGGCUGGCGCCCAGAGUGCCACGGCGUCGACGUGCGAUCGCUCACCGCCUUCGAGCUCUUCCACUCGCGGCCGGUGCAGGCUCUGCGGUACCUCAACGUGCUCGCGUACAUGGCGAUUGCGCUGUGCGAGACGCCGGGAUGGUGCAUCACCGCUAAGGGCACGCUGGCGGCAGAGUGUGCGGCCGACUCCGGCAGCCUCGAGGCUCACCACACGUUUGGCUUCACGCCGCUGUCGCCGCUGGCGGGCGGCGCACUCGAGGCGUGCUGCGUCCUCCUCUUUGUCCUCCAGCUCGGCCUCAAGGCGCGCUUCAUGGGCCGGCAUCGCUUCGCCCGGUCAGCCCCGGCAGUGCUCCAGCUGCUGCUGCUCACGGUGGCGGCGGCCGACCUGGCCGUCUGGUGCUCUUCGGUCUCGUGGCGCCGCACGCCGCUCUCGCGCCCGCUCCGGCCGCUCUUCAUCGUCUUCGCACACCGCAAGCUCCUCUCCACCUUCUACGCGGUCGUGCGCAUGCUGCCUGCCGUCCUCGAGCUGCUGCUGCUCAUCUCCGGGCUGCUCGCCUUUAGCGCGCUGAUCAGCUUUGUCCUCUUCGGGCCGUGGGAGCCGCCGCUGGCCGCCUUCGCCUCGUACGGCUCGUCCUUCUACUCGUCCUUCCUCCUCCUCACCACCACCAACUUCCCCGACGUCGCGCUGCGCCCGUACCGCUCCUCGCGCGCCACGGUGCUCUACUUUGUCGUCUUCCAGCUCACGCUAGUCUUCGUCGGCCUCGCGCUGAUGCCCGCCCGCCUAGAAGCGGAAUAUCUCCCCCUAUCUCCCCGUAUCUCCCCGUAUCUCCCCAUAUCCCGCGCGCGGGUGCGCCAUCUUCUGGCUCGCCGUGCUGA